GAUGCUGCACAGUGAAGACACCGUAGAAUAAGAGUUAGUAUUGUAAACACAAGGAUAUGGCUGACGAGAGGGGUGGAGGUGAAGACAACAUUAACGACAACAUGGGGAACCAGUUACAGCUUUUACCAGACAAUGAGGAAGAGGAGGAGGAAGAUGACAUGGAGACUGAAGACCGAGACAGUGAGGAGGCAGAGAAACCCAACAUCAUCACCUUUGACCCCAGUCUGCCCACAUCGCAUGCAUACCUGGGUUCAGACAUGGAGGAGUUUCACGGCCGCACAGUCCAUGAUGACGACAGCUGUCAGACCAUCCCUGUGCUGCCACACACAGCUGUGAUGCUGGUGCCGGGUCAGACGCUGCCUCUGCAGCUCUUCAGGCCACAGGAGGUCAGCAUGAUGCGGAGCGUCAUCCAGAGAGACCGCACCUUUGCUGUGCUUGCACACAGCAGCGAUGCAGGGGAGCCGGAGGCAGAGUUUGGGACAACGGCUGAAAUCUAUGCAUACCGAGAGGAGCAGGAGUACGGCAUUGAAACUGUCAAAGUGAAAGCUGUGGGGAGGCAGAGAUUCAAGGUUCAUGAGAUAAGAACUCAAGCAGACGGGAUCAGACAAGCCAAAGUACAAAUCCUUCCAGAACGAAUCCUUCCAGAUCCCCUCUCUGCCGUGCAGCUAACACCCCUCUCCAGGCUCCACAUGCACCCCUCCUCCAAACCCUCCACCCAGAGCUGCAAACAGGCCCAGUGCUGGUGGAGUAACUACCAACAGAGGAAGUUUCACUGUGCCAGUCUGACGCCAUGGCCACCCUGGGUCUACGCACUCUACGACUCUGAGUCUCUCAUGAACAGAGUGAAGAAACAGCUCCAUGAAUGGGACGAGAAUCUGAAGGAUGACUCUCUCCCUACGAACGCCGUAGACUUCUCCUACAGAGUGGCGGCUUGUCUGCCCAUAGACGACGCUCUGCGGCUCCAGCUGCUGAAGAUCGGCAGUGCCAUCCAGAGACUUCGCUGUGAGCUGGACAUCAUGGACCGGUGCACAUCACUUUGCUGUAAGCAGUGCCAGGACACUGAAAUCACCACAAAAAAUGAGAUCUUCAGCCUGUCUCUGUACGGACCCAUGGCUGCGUACGUCAACCCUCAUGGAUACGUCCAUGAAACCCUGACUGUCUACAAAGCCAACAACCUCAACCUGGUCGGCAGGCCAUCCACACUGCACAGCUGGUUUCCAGGGUACGCCUGGACAAUUGCUCAGUGCCGAACCUGCGGCUCUCACAUGGGUUGGAAGUUCACAGCCACCAAGAAGGACUUGUCUCCACCUCGUUUCUGGGGUCUGACCCGUUCAGCUAUGCUCCCCCGUAUCCCCCAGGGCGAAGGGGACGAUGGGAGAGAGGGCUCUCGUCUCUUCUGCCUGUGACGUCGGACCAUCAUUGCCCUGAAGAAAGAAAAAAAAAAAACCCCUGCAAACCUCCCAAGCCUGGAUCUUUAGGCACUCUGUCUGUGAUUACUUUUAGUAAUCAGUGCAUCACACACCACCUGUCACCCCUGGCAGCAAAUCCAUCAUAUUAGUGGAAAGGUCAUUCAGCCUUUAAAUGGCACUCUAAGAGCAAAUAAGAACAAGGAGGUCAUGAUUGUUCUUAAAGGUUCUUGAAAUGCAGAAGCAGCAGAGAGACAACUUGGUGUGAUGAAGUGAGAAAGAAAUAGAGAAUAACAGAUUGAGUCCAUAACACGUGGUAACACCCUCGCAUGCAGCUCCCUGAUCUACACCCCUGUCCUGCUGAUUUCUUGGUAGCUGCAGACACACACAGACACACACAAAAGCUUAAUGUAUACUCUUUUCCUCUGUAUGACAGAGUGUGUGACUGCAUGUAGUCGAGAUAGAGACAUUUUUGGCAAGCAGUUAAUCUUUAAUCUGUUGUAAAAUCAACCAGUUGAUAUAAAUUCACUUAGCAUUCAGAUCCUUUGGGGGUCUCUCAGAUAUGUUUUCUGGUGUUCAGCUGCUAUAGAUCAGUGGAGGAAACUGCUUGAAUCCAAGUCCACUCAUGUAUGUCGUGUAGAUCUGUCAUUAUAGGUGUGAUAGUUUGAAUCUUGGAAUUAAAUUGGAUGUAUUUUUGUAUGCAGGAAGAUUGGAAAGUAAUUUAACAUACCCAUCCAUGUGUGGAGACACGUGCUAUUUAUUAUCACGACAGUUUUUUAUGUAAUAAACAAAAAGCUGAGGUGACAAUAACGAUAAUGUGUAUUAUACUUGAUAUAAUCGGUGUCUGUUUUGUACUCAGCAAAGGCUCAUUGUCCCGUCAGAUAAUGUGCUUCAGGAAACAAGCGUUAUCUCUGGUUGCACGAGUGAAAACUGUUCUUCAGAGCUCAUUAGCACAGAGAGCGAGAGGAGCCACUGACCCUUCUUCAUUUAGUUUGUUCAUGUUGUGUGGCAUGUGAAAAUGGUGUGCCUACGCCCCAGCUCAGUGUCUUUUGAUAAGUCUGACGACUCAGUGAACAGACAGGAGUAAAAAAAAAGAUUGCAAAUGACAAAGUGAUGAUGAGAUUUAGAUUUAGUUGUUGAAAGUUUUGUUAGUAUUCUCUUUGGUUUGUAGUUUCACAGUUUUCAAGAUUUUACUUGCGAUUUUGUUGCAAGGAGCUGGCUCAUGUUUGUAUAAAUGUAACUGUAAAUAAGAGGCAGUUAGAGCAUUUGUUGUGUAAUAUAACCGGUGAAUCUGACUCUUAUUUCUCAUAUCUUUUCAUGUCACAGAGAAUUGUUAGGAAAUACUAUUUUCAUCAGUAAGCAAAGUAUUUGAUCGCAAUAAGAAAUCGUCUGGAUUGUGAAGAUGUUGGUCUGUCUAAUUAAAUGUUUUCUGAUAUUUUCUUAAAGGAAUAGUUUGACAUUUUUUUUUUUUUUUUUUUUUUUGCCAGGCUAGUUAUUCCUGUUUCCAGUCUUUAUGCUAAGCUAAGCUAACCGGCUGGUGGAUGUAGCUUCAUAUUUACUGUACAGAUAUGGGAGUGCUAUCUCAAUCUUCUCACAUAAUCUUUGGCUUUAAAGCAAAUUAGUGUACUUUUCAAAAUGUCAAAAUUACUCUUUAAAUGGCUUUCAAUUUAAAAACUUGUUACAAAUUAUUCUUUUGGCCUAAGCAAGGUGUCAUAUGGGUGUACAGGUCUGAGUUGUGUCCACACUUACUGAGAAAAUAACUUGACUUUGUGAUUUCAUGCAUAGUUUGUUUUGAAUUAGUGUUUUAAUUUACCUUCAUAUUCAUGUGGUUUUCCAUUAAAAGAGUACUCCACCGAUUUAGCAUUGCACUCCUAUCACAUUGUCAGAUUCACGAUGGACAAGAAAAAAAGAGAUAUCUUCUUUUUUUAUUCCACACAUUCUUCUCUGCCAUCUACCACCCUUGCCAAUUCGGUUGGAGAUUCAGGUGUGCUAUGCUAAGAGUGGCUCAAUGUAACCUCCAGCAGAGAUCAGGAGCAAUUAUUAUUUUAAUUUUCAAACUUGUAGUCUACAGACCCAAACACUGACUCAAUUGACAUCACUUGACGAAAUUUAUUAGAAGGCUUUACACAAUUAUUUUUCACAUAUGCAGUAGUACUCCUUAAAAUCUUUAAACAGACCUUGCCGAUCUGGAAAAUUGGUGAAGUUCCUCUUCAAGAAUCAAAAUGAGCGCUUCCUCAGAAAUGUGUCUACAUUUUUUUUUUUUAAUCACCUUUAGAUUUUUAAUCUUUUACUUGGGCCGUUUUAUAUCAUAUUAUCAUAUCAUUUUAUUUCAUUAAGGAGAGGAUGAGAAUGUGAGUAGAAUCUAAAAUGCCUUUUUCAUUAUAUUCUCUGUCAUAUCAGUGAUUAAGUAUUCGGCAGGCUGUCGGACCUUCAUUCACCCCCAAUAAUCAAAUGGAUGCUUCACUGAAGAAAUCAAUGGCUUGAUUCCAAAGAAGGUCUAUGUUUGUUUUUCCAUGAGAUUCAGUGUACCACAGAGUAAAAUAAACAUGCACAUAUCCUG